AGGAAAAACAGCACUACCAACACCCAACACACACCACGCAGAGAGAGGGCAGAUGCAGCAAACUCCGCAGAUCUCGAAGCGCUGCGUGUGGAGCCUGCGUGGGUGAUUCCUGCUGCGUGAAGACACUGGACCAGGCUUUCAGACCAGGCUCUCCCGUUGAUCAUGGGUGGAUUUCUAAGCAGGAUAGCGGACAAGAUAGACUCAUGUCCGCGGGAAUGCCCGGUGUUCUAUCGGAGCAUGAAUCUGCCCUUCCCCUUCUCGGCUCGGGGGCCGCCUGGCAGCCCCGCAGCCGGCAGCAGGAGCCCGGCGAUGGGCAGCACAGCCGCUGGUGAAAGCGCGGAGAAGAUGAGAUGCUGAUAGAUGCAAUGAACGAAUGAAUGGCUGCCGUGGGUAGUGUGUUGAUGCAAUCCAUGGAUUUGGCGUGUACUGUAUGUCAGACGCAGUAUUUCCCGCAGAAGGGAGAUAGAGGUGAGGUGCACGAGGGAAGGAAUGGACACACACACAUGUGCUCCAUCGUGUCCGCAUGCAGUGUACGAUGUGUCUGUAAAGACUGGCGACAGCGACGCAGAGGAGUCCCUCGUGCUUGUAUUCUCCUCUGAAGCGGCAAUCAAGCUGCUCAACAACAGACACGAUGUGAGCCACCACCAGAAGAAUCUGGUUGAUUGUGCUGGGUGGAUGGACGGCUGCCUGUGAAUGUGUUGUGUUGAUUGAGUGUGCAGAUGACGGUGUGCAGAUCUUUCCAUGCCCUGUCUGUGCGUUAUUGUUCGAUAGAGGGCCCCGGUGCUGCGGUGACCCUCACCCUCCUCACACCAUCCACAAACCUGCUCACACUGACAUUCGAUAGCCACACGGUGGGUGAGGUCAGAGGGACUGACACAUGAAUGACAGAAACACACUUCAGUGUCUGGACCACUCACCGAUUUGGUGACAGAAUCGGGAUGAGUUCAUCUCUGCGCUGCGGUCCACCCCGGGCAUCUCCCUCGACCCAAGGGGCAGCAACGAAAGUGAGCACGCAGCCAUAGAUGUCUGAGAGCACUGAGGCAGGCAGGCAGGCAGGCCACAAAGCCGCUAAGCCUCGUGUGCAUGUCUGUGUGUUCAGGUUACGUGACGGCCGUGUCGAGCUAUCCCCCGGAUGAGUCGGCGAAUUUGUCAUCGAGGGCGGCUGCAUCGCCAUCGCCAAGCCAGCCGUUGGUGCAGCCGGGGGCGUAGAGCGCACAGCCAGG